AUGUCUGACGCUGCUGUGAAGCCCAACGCCUGGACCGAUGAGGCCAAGAACGAGCUUCUCCUGCGCAUCAUCGCGCAGUUGAAGCCCGAGGGCAAGUCUAUCAACUGGUCCGAGAUUAACAUGGAAGGCCGUACCGUCAAGAGCCUUCAGAACCAGUGGACCUUUUUCAAUAAAAAGCUUGAGGCCUUCAAGACCCAGUCAAACGAUGGCAGCACCCCUUCUACUCCCGCUAAGAAGGCGACUUCUGCUCGCAAGCGGGGCCCGAAGGCCAAGAAGGUCGCCCCCGAUGACGACGAGGUGUACGAGAGCCCCAAGGUGACCCCUCGUAAGCGUCGCGCUCCUAAGACUCCCGAGAGCGACUCAAAGGCCGUCAAGAAAGAACUUAGCGAGGCCGUCGUCAAGGAUGAGGAAAUGGAGGAUGACCGCGACGUCGAUGGAGAGGUCUAGGCUCUUAUCUUCUCUCUAUGGCGCCGGAUAACUUCGUCGCUAAAGUCUCCAGAGACGUCAGAAGAAGACAAAGUCUACCUAGUAUGCCAUUGUGUUCAGGCUUAGAUGAAGGGGGUGGGUUCACAUCUAGCAGGGCAGAUAGGAACUAUCAUAUGUG